AUGGACAUAAAUUCGCUUCUUUCCCCGGACUCGAAUCCUAAAUCUGGAAAUUCGACGCCCGUACCCGGUCCUACGUCGAACAACGCACCGACCUCAGCUGCAGGGCCUUCUCCUCAUAAAGCGAUUAACAAAACUCGGUCGGGUCCCGCCCGCAAAGGAAAGCCCUCUUCGCCUUUGGCGCAGCAGGUGUACGCCCCGACUGGACUUCCCGAGUCAUCUCAACCGGUGGCAAGUGCGAGUCCCAAUAUGAGCGGCAACGGUGCUGCCGCUGCGACCGACCUGUCUACCCGACAGGCGUCAACACCGGGGAUGGAUACAUUGGCAGACCUGGCUGCGAUGCAGCACCACCAGCCGCAGCGCUCCAACGCCCCCAGCAUGCUACGGAACACCGAGUCGUACGAAAGCCAAUUGUCUCCGUCAACUAUCCACCCUCAUGUAAAUCCAAUCAAUCACAACACCCCCACGCCCCGCACAUCAUUCGACAUUGCCAUGUCCGAAGGCCCUCGGGAAACUGCGCGGAGGGAUUACGGACAGACUUCUUUGGAUUCGGAUGCGCAACGUUUGGCGACCGAAGUUUUCAAUCAAAUCCAGGAAAAUCCGCACACCUAUGACGCACAUGUCAAAUUUAUCGGAAUCCUGCAUACGGGCUUCGUGAACCACGUCUAUCCCCCUAAUCAACCAGAUAUCCAUGGCGACCCCCGGCGGUACGAUCUCCUUAAGGAUCUAAGAACAGCCCGCGAGGAAAUGGACAAGCUUUUCGCGAUGGGCGAGGAUCUCUGGGCCGAGUGGAUCCAAGAUGAGAGUAUGUUGGCCCAUUCCGUGAAUGAGCGCAUUGCCGUCAUGGAGCUUUGCCAGCGAUCAGUUGAAGAGGAAUUCGGAAGUACCAAGCUUUGGCAUAUCUAUGGCGAAUGGGUGCUCUACCUCUACACAGCAGCCUGUGAACAUGGAGCUGGUCAGUGGACCGAGGAAGACCGAAUGAUUGGACGCGAAGUUUUUAGCUGGCAGUCAGUUCUGGAGGUGUGGCAGCGAGCCGCAGAAGCCACACGAUUCAGGAUCAACAACAGCCACCUCGUUUGGGAUCGUUUUCUGGACCUUCUUGACCAGGAUAUCGACCGUGCCACUCCUAACUCGCAGGAGAAGAUGGACAAGAUCAACCGUCUUCGAACACUUUGGGAUAUUCGCUUGCAAACUCCUCACGCGACAUGGGACCAGUCAUUCCAAAAAUUUUCUGGCUUCAUUUCCAAGCAUUAUGGAUCUAGCAACUACGAGGAAAUCAUGUCUGAUACUGUUGCCCGCGCCGCAGAGGCCAAGGGAUUUUACAGUACGCGAGAAGAAUUCGAGCUUCGACUGAGCAAAGCCGAGGAGUCUGGUGACAAGGCUCUCGAAUGGGCGGUAUACUCGGAGUAUAUCGAUGCCGAAGUUUCCCGCAAGCGCGGACGGCGAAGCGGCUUCCAUGGAUUCCAUUUUGAGCUUGUCAAUGCUGUUUUCCAAAGAGCAGUUCUGCGGUUCCCCACAGAUGUCUCUCUCUGGGAGGACUAUGUGAUGUUCCUCAUUGAUGAAUCUAUGCAUGGCCACGCCUCUACUACAACCAUCGCAACCCUUGACCGUGGCACACGCCACUGCCCCUGGUCCGGUAAUCUAUGGUCUCAAUAUCUUCUGAGCUCAGAGCGAGAAGGCCAGUCAUUCUCCACAAUAUCUGGCAUCAAACACAAGGCCACCAGCACAGGCCUGCUCGACGCCGGUGGAAUGGAAGAAGUGCUGAAGGUUCACACUACCUGGUGCAGCUACCUCCGUCGGCGUGCUUUCCUCUCGGACUCAACCGACGAGGACCUGGAUGUUGCGGAAGUCGGUAUUCGAUCCGCCAUUGAAAGUGUACAAGAGCUUGGCGAGAAGAAGUAUGGGCGCUCUUACCAAGGAGAUCCUUUCUUCCGCUUAGAACGCAUCUAUAUUCGGUACCUCAGCGAAAGCGGCAGCUGGGACAGUGCCCGAGAGACCUUCAAGGGCCUCGUUCCUCGCCGUGGCAACAGCUAUGAGUUCUGGCUUACUUACUAUGGCUGGGAGCUCAUUUCCUGGAGCAAAUUCGUGCAAGGAGAGGCAACUGUUGACGCAGCGCGGCGAACUCCUAACCCCAGCUAUGCAACUGCUGUAUUAAAACAGGCCAUCAAGCGGGAGGAUCUCGACUGGCCGGAGAAGAUUGUUCAGACUUACAUCGCUCACUGCGAGGAUUACGAAGACUCUGAUGAGCUCCAGCUUGCUGUUAUUGGAACCCGAAAAGCCAUCCGAGCUGUCACUGCCCGGAGAGAACGGGAGGCACGCGAAGCCGCGGCUGCUCAGCAACAGCAGCAACAACAACAGUGGGAAGCUGCCGUUGAGGCUUCAUCGUCAGAAAAGAGGAAGCGCGAGGACGAGGUGGAUGCCAACGGCGAACCCACAAGCAAGAAGGCGCGUGGCGAGGAAGAGGUCGCAGAGCAAGAAACUACUCCUGCAGGCCCUAGUCGUGACCGCGAAAACGCAAUUGUUGUGGUCAAGAACUUGCCGAAAGGGGCGACAGAGCUUCAAGUUCGGCAAUUUUUUAGACAUUACGGCACAAUCAACAGCGUCAAGAUGCUAUCGACAGAGGAUGAACACUCCCAAACUGUGCACAUCGAGUUCGAAACUAAACAAGACGCACUGGGAGCCCUGGCUCGCGAUAAGAAAAUCUUCGAUAACAACACCAUCGAAGUGCAUCUUGAAGCAUCUUCGACCUUGUUUGUCACCAAUUUCCCUCCGGCUGCCGACGAUGAGUUCAUUCGCAAUCUUUUCCAACCAUACGGCGAAAUUGUGGAUGUGCGCUGGCCUUCGCUCAAGUUCCAGACCACUCGACGAUUCUGCUACGUUCAGUUUGUUUCGUCUAGUGCUGCCCUCCGGGCUACCGAGCUUAACGAGAUUGUUCUGGAAGGCAACUUUAAGCUCGUGGCCAAGAUCUCGGACCCAGCAAAGAAGCAAUCGCGCAGUGGACCUAUGGAAGAAGGGCGGGAGAUCUUCUGCAGGAACCUUGACUUCAAGCGUAACGAGAAAGACAUCGAGGAGCUUUUCUUGCGCUUUGGUACGGUUGAGAAUGUGCAUUUGCCACGAGGUGCCGAUAACCGCCCGAAAGGAUAUUGCUUUGUGGUCUUCUCUUCCAAGGAAGAAGCAGAGGCCGCUCUUGCUAUGGACGGCGAGACUUUCGGUUCACGUCCAUUGGCAGUGCAUAAGAGCACCCACGCAGGUGCCAAGCGCAUGACAAAUACCGUCAUUUCACACGUUGCCUCGGCGAGAUCUCCCUCUGUAGAGCCCAACGGCAAUAGUGCGGAUGGUGUUCAGACCGUCGGAGACCGUCACGAACGCACGCUCGCCCUUAUGAAUGUACCGGACACCGUCAAUGAGGCUCGUAUCCGGGCCCUGGUGGAACCUUUCGGACAACUCGUGAAGAUCUCGUUGAGACCAGACCACCAAGGGGCCAUAGUCGAGUAUGUCGAUGUGCAUGGUGCCGGGAAGGCGGCUCUGGCCCUGGAUGGGAAGGAGAUUGUUCCGGGCCGUCCUCUCCAUCUCGGCAGCGUCCCGGAGCUGUUGGCCCUCAAGCCCGACAGAAAGACCGAUCGAAUCACCUCCAUCAAGUCCGAGAAGCCCAAGAUCUCGCUGCAACCUGCGGGUCCAAUUAAGCGCCCCCAGCAACCGGGUGCUCGGGGCGGCCGCCGUGGUGGCCUGGGAGUGAAGCGAGCCGCGCCACCGGCGCCCUCCAGCAACAGCAACGACAAAAUGGAUACCACACCCGAUGAGAAGGGUCACGACAGUGGCACGUCCAAAAAGAGCAAUGACGACUUCCGUACGAUGCUGCAACAAAAGCGCGAGGGAUGA